UUGUAGGACAUUAUAACAUCCUCUAGCUGACAAGCUUACAAAAAUAAAAACUGGAGCUGAACUGAGAGGGCACUUUUUUACUGACACAUAAAAGGUAUCUUUCUGUCUUGUAUUCUUUGGAUAUGGGCAUGUCAGUUUCAGAGAGCACCUCUCACAUGGAGCUUUUUAUUUCUCUCCCAGUACAACUGCAUGUGGUAGCACAUUGUUUAAUCUUUUCUCAAAUAAAAGGACAUGGAGUUUCAUUUUUGUUUCGCCUUUUUUGGUAUCUUACAGGAACUCCAGGAUGGCAUUGGGCAGCGGCAAACUGUUGUCAGAGCACUGAAUGCAACUGGGGAAGAAAUAAUUCAACAGUCCUCAAAAACAGAUGCCAAUAUUCUACAGGAAAAAUUGGGAAGCCUGAAUCUGAGGUGGCAGGAGGUCUGCAAACAGCUGGCAGAAAGAAAAAAGAGGCUAGAAGAACAAAAGAAUAUCUUGUCAGAAUUUCAAAGAGAUUUAAAUGAAUUUGUCUUAUGGUUGGAAGAAGCAGAUAACAUUGCUAGUAUUCCACUUGAACUUAGAAAUGAGCAGCAGCUAAAAGAAAAGCUUGAACAAGUCAAGUUACUGACGGAAGAGUUGCCCUUGCGCCAGGGAAUUCUAAAACAAUUAAAUGAAACUGGAAGAACAGCACUUGUAAGUGCUCCCAUAAGCCCAGAAGAGCAAGAUAAACUUGAAAAUAAGCUCAAACAGACAAAUCUCCAGUGGAUAAAGGUUAGACAUUAACCAUCUUCUCUGUCACAUGUGUUAAAUGUUGCAAGUGUUUAUAUUUGUUUUGUUUUCUGAGUGCUUUAUUGGGAAGAAGCUGGUAUGUGGAUCAUUGUUUUG